UAAAUUAAUUUAUUAUUAAAUUCAUUAGAAUUAGAUUCUAGCUAGUAAUAGUAGUAUGAUGAACAACCAGAAGGUCCUUGAAAUUGAAAGUGAGAUUUCACUGCAUAAGGUUCUUCAAAGCGAACUCAGCCAGCUAAAGGCAAAUGCAAAAGUUUACCAAAAACAGCAUAACAGUGAUAUAUAUUUUCUUUCUUCUGUAGACCAUGAAAUGGCAGAAUCAAGAAGUAAACUUGAUUAUCUUGUGGCAGAAAAAUUAAGAUUGGAAACAAAGAAAAUAUCUACCACUUGAGUUUGUAAUGGACAUUUUAUUAAGAGCCUUCUUCAAUUCUGGAAUGCAGGUAUUGGAAAAGUAUCAUACUCGAAGACCAUUAGUAAAUAAAUAACUGAACAAGUACUGAGAUUGAAAAUAACUAGAAUGUCCCACUUUAUUUGCUUGUUAAUAUAAACUAAGCCUAAAAUUAAACUAACAUAAAAACAGCUA